AUGCUGUUUGCUAAAAAGUUUAAGAAUUUUUUUACUAAAAAAAGAAUUUAAAUUACUGGUGGAGUAGCCCUUAGUUUCGGAUUAUUAGCCUACAUUUAGCAUUAAAACCAAGAUUCUUCAUGCAGAGAAAAGAAGCAUGUCAAUUACUUUGACUUUAGUGUCCAAGUAUUACCUCAUCCAGAUAAAAUAGCAAAAGGAGGUGAAGAUGCAUACUUCGCUGAUAAAAACUUGUUAGCCGUUGCCGAUGGCGUUGGAGGAUGGGCCGAAAAGGGAAUUGACCCAGCUGAAUAUAGCAGAGGUUUGAUCAGAAACGUCGAACAAAAUUACAAGUCAAAUGUACUCAAGUACAUCAGCAAUCCUAAGCUUCUCCUCAUACACUCUGCUUAAGCAACACAAAUUAUGGGAUCAAGCACUCUUGUUUUGGUCACUGUUGACUAAGAAAAGAACAUCUUGAAAACCUCCUACAUUGGCGACUCAGGUUACUGCAUCUACAGAUUAGAUGAACAUAACUCACCAAGACUUGUCUUUGGAUUUAAAGAGCAAUAAAAGUCAUUUAAUUUCCCCUAUCAGUUAGGUGGAAUGGGUAAUGGAGACAACCCUUCAACUGCUUUAGAAUUUGAACACGAAAUUAAAGAUAAAGAUAUUGUAAUUGUUGGUUCAGAUGGCUUGUUUGAUAACAUGAGCUUUGAACAAAUUAGAUAACAAAUAACUCAAUAUGUUAUGAAGGAUAAAAUUGUUGAUGUUCAAUCAUUAGCAAAAGAUAUAGGAGGUUAGGCUAAGACAUUCUCUUUAUCAUGGUUAUAUGAUUCUCCUUUUGCUUAAAAAGCAAGAGCCAGCAAACAUUAUUAUAUGGGAGGUAAGUCUGAUGAUAUAACUGUUAUUGUAGGACAAGUAAGAACUGAUUGA